UGGAAACUGAUUCAUGAUCGAGCAUCAUUCGAUUCCCAAUUUUUCGCUUUGUUGCGUUGGAUGAUGUGGAAGUGGUGCUAGGAGGAGGACCUGGAUCAAGCGGACUGAUUGAAGAUAUGGCGUGGUUUAGUGGGAAGGUAUCUCUGGGGAACUUCCCGGAUUUUGCAGGGGCGGUGAAUAAACUGAGUGAGAGUGUGAAAAACAUCGAGAAGAACUUCGACAACGCCCUUGGUAUCGAAGAGAAAUCCGAUGAUGCUGCCGGUAGCGAUAUUGAAGAGUCCGGAUUGUGGCCUUCAACUACGGACGGGAAGGCAUUGUUUGAACCAAUCAUCGGAUUUAUGGGGCAGAAAAGUGGGGAGAGUUCUGUUGAAUCAUCGGGAAACUCUACUUCCUCAAAGCCUACGUCCCCUGUCAAAGAACAAGCUGAGAAUGACAGCUUAGCUAAUCAAGAAAGUGAACAAAUUUCUCAUGUAGAUCCACCGAUUGAAGAAUUAAAAAAAACCGACGUAGAGCCAGGAGCUGGAGAGGAAAUUAUAAAGGAUAUCAGCGGGGAGCCAAAAGACAAUGCUACGGCAGACCACAGUGAAGCUGAAGUGGUUUCACCUUCGAUUCCUGUUAAAGAAUUUGAACAAAAGCCUGAAGAGGUUGAGCAAACUGAAUAUGCAAACAAUCUUCAAGAGGAGGAGCGGUCAGAAGAAAUAUCUUCUACUUUGUUGGAGUCAUUACAACCAGAAUCAACGAGUUCUGUCGGUAAAAUUGAAGUAGUUACUUCUGUGCCUGGAGUAGAUGAUACAGCUAGUUCGAUGGAGAGCCUAAGUAAACAAAAUGCAGAAAAAGAAGACGUUAAAGAUGCAUCACCUGAAGGGCCGACUGAAAGUAGAGAAUCAUCUGCAUCAGAUAUUUCUUAUCUAACAAGAGAUAUUGAAGAUAAUUAUACUGACAAGUUGCCCAUUUUACAAAAUAAUGAUGAGGAGGCUUCAAAAGAAGCUUUGGAUUUGUCUACACCUCUGACUGAUACCAUUGAUAAAUCAAUUGAGCUGAAGCAGCACUCAGACAGAGAUGCAAAUGUAAAAGAAAAACAUUCGAGUAGUGGAAGCAAUUCUUCUGAUAUUGCAGAUUCUGUCGCUGAACUUGAGAAAGUGAAGAAGGAAAUGAAAAUGAUGGAAAAUGCAUUGCACGGAGCUGCUAGACAAGCUCAGGCCAAGGCUGAUGAAAUUGCAAAGUUGAUGAAUGAAAAUGAGCAGUUGAAAGCUAUGAUUGAUCUGAGUAGAAAAACAAACGAAGCUGAAACUGAAUCGUUGAGAGAAGAGUAUCAUCAAAGAGGGGCAGCACUUGAGCGAAAGGUUUAUGCUCUCACUAAGGAAAGAGAUACACUGCGCAGAGAACAGAAUAAGAAAAGUGAUGCUGCAGCUCUUCUGAAGGAAAAGGAUGAAAUAAUCACUCAAGUGAUGGCUGAAGGUGAAGAGCUCUCAAAAAAACAAGCUGCUCAGGAAUCUCAGAUUAGAAAGUUGAGGGCACAGAUCAGAGAGUUUGAGGAAGAGAAGAAAGGAUUGCUUACAAAGCUACAGAUUGAAGAGAAUAAAGUAGAGAACAUCAAAAGAGACAAGACAGUGACUGAAGAGUUACUGCAAGAAACUGUAGAAAAACACCAAGCUGAAAUUGCAACUCAAAAAGAAUACUACACAAAUGCUCUGAACAUAGCAAAAGAAGCUGAAGCAUUAGCAGAAGCACGAGCAAACACUGAAGCAAGGACUGAACUGGAAAGUCUUCUAAGAGAGGCUGAGGAAAGGGAAAGUAUGCUCGUUCAGACACUUGAAGAAUUAAGACAAACUCUGAGCAGAAAGGAGCAGCAGGCAGUUUCUAGAGAAGAUAUGCUUCGCAAGGACAUUGAGGAUCUACAAAAGCGAUAUCAAGCAAGUGAACGUAGGUGCGAGGAGCUAAUAACUCAAGUUCCUGAAUCUACCAGACCACUUUUAAGGCAGAUAGAGGCGAUGCAGGAAUCAGCUGCCAGAAGGGCUGAAGCUUGGGCUGCUGUUGAGAGAUCUCUAAACUCACGGCUACAGGAAGCAGAGGCUAAAGCUGCAGCUGCAGAAGAAAAGGAGCAUUCUGUCAAUGAGCGUUUAACUCAAACACUAUCUCGAAUAAAUGUUCUUGAAGCACAGAUAUCAUGCCUUAGAGCGGAGCAGACACAGCUAUCGAGAUCUCUUGAAAAGGAGAGACAUAGGGCAUCAGAAAAUAGGCAGGAAUAUCUUGCUUUGAAGGAGAAAGCUGAUACUCAUGAAAGUCGUGUGAGUCAGCUUGGAGAUGAAAUGAGGGAACUCAGGAGAAAGCACAAGGAGGAGAUGCAUGAUGCUUUGGUACACCAAGAGCUUCUUCAACAGGAACUAGAUCGAGAAAAAACAGCCCGUUUGGAUCAGGAAAGGGCUUCGCGCAUUCAAUCUUCUGCUAUACCUGAUCAAAGCCCCAUAUCAAGGCAAAAGUCAGCUGCAUUUGAAAAUGGUAACUUGACUCGUAAGAUAUCAAGUGCAAGCAGCUUGAGCAGUAUGGAAGAAAGCUAUUUUCUGCAAUCAACUUUAGGCUCGUCCGAUAAUUUUUCCGAACAUAGAACUGCAGGAGAUAGUCCCAUGAAUCCAUAUUACAUUAAGAGCAUGACUUCAAGUACUUUUGAAGCUGCACUUCGUCAAAAGGAGGGAGUGCUUGCUUCUUACACUUCUCGAUUGGCUUCUUUGGAAACCAUUCGUGAUUCUCUUGCUGAGGAGUUGGUUAAAAUGACUGCACAGUGUGAAAAGUUACAGACAGAAGCUGCUUCACUACCUGGAAUACGAGCGGAAUUAGAAGCACUUAGACGAAGACACUCAGCUGCCCUGGAGUUGAUGGGGGAACGUGAUGAAGAGUUGGAAGAACUCCGAGCGGAUAUUAUUGAUGUGAAAGAGAUGUACAGAGAGCAAGUAAACUUGCUUGUCAAUAAGAUCCAAAUACUAAGUUCAUCUAUCGGCACUGCUUCAUGAUAGCGUAUCAACGACUUUUUCUCUGUCCCGUUUUCGUGAUACAUUAUUUUAUUUACAUAUUAGUUGUAUACUUUUGUAUUCAGUCGGUUACACAGUUUCUUCACAUACGUCGACUGUAUCAACUGUUGAACCAUAACCCCCCCACCUCCACACAUUAAAUUAUUUCCAUUUAGAGUGUAUUGAUGUAUAGUACGUUAAUUGUGGGACUUGUAAAUGUUACACCCGGUAAAAAUACAUCAUAUAGUUUUUCACCGUUGAUUUACGCACAAUCAUA